GCGCAUGCGCCUCACUGAGAGUGGUAACUGCGCAUGCGUGGCCGGAAGUCGUGUCCUAACUGUGGCAGCCCUCCGGAGAGCCAUGGCUGCCGGCGCUGCCAAGUCGUUCCUGGCCGAUGCGGGCUACGGCGAGCAGGAGCUGGACGCCAACUCGGCCCUCAUGGAGCUGGACAAGGGGCUCCGGUCUGGCAAACUCGGGGAGCAGUGCGAAGCCGUGGUCCGUUUCCCCCGGCUCUUUCAGAAGUAUCCCUUCCCCAUUCUCAUUAACUCAGCCUUCUUGAAGCUGGCUGAUGUUUUCAGAGUUGGAAACAAUUUCCUGAGGCUGUGUGUGCUGAAAGUUACACAACAGAGCGAGAAGCACUUGGAGAAGAUCCUGAAUGUGGAUGAAUUUGUGAAAAGAGUGUUUUCUGUAAUUCAUAGCAAUGAUCCAGUUGCACGGGCCAUCACACUUCGGAUGUUGGGAAGCAUGGCGUCCAUCAUUCCAGAAAGGAAGAAUGCACAUCACAGUAUUCGCCAGAGCUUGGAUUCCCAUGACAAUGUGGAAGUUGAAGCUGCCAUAUUUGCUGCUGCUAACUUUUCUGCACAGUCCAAGGAUUUUGCUGGAGGAAUAUGUAACAAAAUUAGUGAAAUGAUUCAAGGUUUGGCAACUCCAGUGGAUUUGAAGUUGAAGUUGAUCCCCAUACUACAGCACAUGCACCAUGAUGCUAGCCUAGCUUCCAGCUCCCGUCAGCUUCUACAACAGCUGGUGACAUCGUAUCCUUCUACCAAGAUGGUCAUUGUUACACUACACACCUUUACCUUACUUGCUGCUUCCUCCUUGGUUGACAUUCCCAAACAGAUUCAGCUUUUGUUGCAGUAUUUAAAGAAUGACCCCAGGAAGGCUGUGAAAAGACUUGCUAUUCAGGAUCUAAAGUUUUUGGCAAACAAAACUCCGCAUACAUGGAGCAGGGAGAACAUGCAGACACUCUGUGAAUGUGCUCUUCAAACUCCUUAUGACAGUUUGAAACUGGGCAUGUUAUCUGUUCUUUCCACGCUGUCAGGGACCAUUGCCAUCAAGCAGUACUUCAGCAGUGCCUCAGGAACUUCUACAACUGGAAGAACUUCUGACUUAGUAAAGUUGGCUCAGGAGUGCUGUUAUCAUAACAACUGUGGUAUUGCAGCUCAUGGAGUAAGCAUUCUGACUAAUAUAUCUGCCUCUUGCCAGGAAAAAGAUCUUCUGGCUUUGGAGCAAGAUGCAGUUUUUGGUCUUGAGUCUCUUCUUGUUCUCUGUAGCCAAGAUGGGAGUCCAGGAGCACAAGCAACGUUAAAGAUCACUUUAACUUGCAUGGUGAAGUUGGUUAAGUGUCGCCCCCAUCUGAGCCAGUCAGUGGUUGAAUCCUUGUUGACGCAGCUGCACUGUGCUCAAGAUGUUGCUAGAAUUCUCAUGUGCCAUUGUUUAGCAGCUAUUGCAGUGCAGCUGCCGGUCUUAGCUGAUGGAAUGCUGGGAGACCUAAUGGACCUAUAUAAAAUGAUUGGACGAUCUGCCACAGAUAAAAAGCAGGAACUUCUGGUAUCUCUUGCUACAGUGAUAUUUGUUGCCAGUCAGAAAGCGUUAUCAUUGGAAGUUAAAACUGUUAUCAAACAGCAGCUUGAAAAUGCCUCAAAUGGCUGGACAGCUUACAGGAUAGCCAGGCAAGCCUCCAGAAUGGGCAAUCAUGACAUGGCCAGAGAGCUUUAUCAAAGCCUGCUGACUCAGGUAGCUUCAGAACACUUCUACUUCUGGCUGAAUAGUUUGAAGGAGUUCUCUCAUGCAGAGCAGUGCCUGACAGGGCUUCAAGAAGCUGAUUACAGUUCAGCACUUUCUUGCAUUGCUGAAUCCUUAAAAUCCUAUCACAAAGGGAUAGCAUCACUAACGGCUGCCAGCACACCACUUAACCCCCUGAGCUUUCAGUGUGGGUUUGUCAAACUCAGGAUUGACCUUCUACAGGCCUUCUCCCAACUCAUUUGUACCUGCAACAGUCUGAAAACUAGUCCACCACCAGCCAUUGCUACAACAAUAGCCAUGACAUCAGGAAAUGACCUCCAGCGGUGUGGGCGCAUUUCUAACCAGAUGAAACUCUCUAUGGAAGAAUUCCGAAACUUGGCUACACGGUAUGGGGAUUUGUAUCAGUCCUCUUUUGAUGCUGACUCAGCAACUUUAAGGAAUGUAGAACUACAACAGCAGAGCUGCCUGUUGAUUUCUCAUGCAAUUGAAGCCCUGAUUUUGGAUCCUGAAUCUGCAAGUUUCCAGGAAUACACUUCAAGUGGAGCUGCACAUGUUGAAAGUGAAUAUGAAAGAAGAAUGAUGUCUGUAUUUAAUCACGUAUUGGAAGAAGUGGAAUCGCUGAACAGGAAAUAUGCUCCCGUGUCUUACUUGCAUACAGCUUGCUUGUGCAGUGCAGUCAUUGCUUUGCUGAAAGUUCCCCUUUCAUUUCAAAGAUAUUUUUUCCAGAAACUACAGUCGACAAGCAUUAAGCUUGCUUUGUCCCCAUCUCCACGGAACCCAGCAGAGCCCAUUGCAGUACAAAACAAUCAACAGCUGGCGUUGAAGGUGGAGGGAGUGGUUCAGCAUGGCACCAAGCCAGGCCUCUUCCGCAAAAUUCAGUCUGUCUGUUUAAAUGUAUCUUCAACAUUGCAGAGCAAAUCUGGACAAGAUUACAAGAUCCCCAUUGACAACAUGACUAAUGAGAUGGAGCAGAGGGUGGAACCUCACAACGAUUACUUCAGUACUCAGUUUCUAUUGAACUUUGCAAUCCUUGGUACCCAUAAUAUCACAGUUGAGUCCUCUGUAAUAGAUUCAAAUGGUAUUGUUUGGAAGACUGGGCCGAAAACUACCAUUUUUGUUAAAUCCCUGGAAGAUCCAUACUCACAGCAGGUUCGCCUUCAGCAACAGCAAGGACAGCCAGCAUCGCAGCAGCAGCAACAGCAGCAGCAACAGCAGCAAAGAACAGCAUACUCACGGUUUUAAUCCUCAGAAGUGCCAUUCGCUUUCAAGGGGCCAGCUUAGUAAUAUCUCACUUUUCUUGGACAUGGCAGAUGUCACUUUUUUUCCUUUUGAUGUUCCUGUCAGUUUUGUACUCUGGGCAUUUUUACAUGUGAUCCUGACAUGGUGCUGGGAACUUUUAAUUAGUGAGCCACGCUAGUUAAAAGUGCCCACGCAUCAUGUGUAUCAGUGGCAUAAUUGGGUAAUACGCGCUUGCACUGAGAGUGUUUUAUUUCAUCGCCAUUUUAUCAUUGCGGAGAUGCGCUGUACCACUGAUGCGUGAGGCCAGAGUGCGUCAAUUUAUGUGCUUCAGGAGACUUGAGUAAUCGGGUCUGCUCAGUACAGUGUGUUGGAGCAGGAUCCCUGCAUGUGUGUAAGUGCCCAGUGUUCUUAGUUGCCAUUGUUAUUGCAUUCCCAUAGCUAAUCAUCAAGGGGCAAAUUCAGGCUCCAGAAUAAAUAGGUGUGGCUCAGUUUAAAUGGAGAAUUGCUCUUUUUUUGUAUAGUGGGUCUUCAGUUUGGGAACCUAGCUAUAUAGCCUUUUCCAACACCAGUUGUACAACAGUUUUGGAAAUUAGCCAGCUGGGAGGCUGUCAAAGUUAUCUGGCUAGCAUGUUUCAUUGUCAUCUUAGGAUAUGGACUCUGCUAUGUACCUGCAUGCUGCUUCCAGAUGGAUUCUGAUGUUUGGAAUCUCUCUUGAGCCACUAAUGAUACUCAGAUUUUUCAUACUUUUAAUGCUAAGCAAAGAGGGCAUCUCUCAAUGUGUAGCAGUUGGCAGGAAUGUCCAGGCAUCCUUUCAGAUGAUAUGCUAUUAGUUUUGUGGUUUAAGUGGAAAUAUAUUGGCAUACCAGCCAACAGCAUUUUGUCUGAUGUUCAUGUAGCACUGUGUGUGCUUGUUCUCUCAGUGCUAUAUAUAAAUGUCCUAAAGGGAUAUCAGCUGGAGAACAGAGAUUUUUUUUAAAAGGACAGCACAGAUUUAGCAGUGGAAGCAAUUUGGUUUGUUCCUUAAGCAGGAGAACAGAAUUUUUUUUAUAUUUCAUCUUUGUCUCCAUUUCAGAAACUUAUUUUAUUUGUUUACACAGGAGGAAAGAAGAUGAAUUUACAAGUUACCUGUUUCAUCUUGAACUAUUUGCUUUAAAAAAUUGAUUUAUUAAAUGGCAGAGCUCUGGUGCUUGGCAAGUGUGAUCUUUGGACUAUGUUGGUCAGUUCAGUAGGUAUUGUGGAAGAAUUUCACUAAUAAAUAGCUCUCCUGUUAGUUGGUUUGUACUCAGUUUAAAAAUAUAUCUGCUCACAAAUACACCUUUAUUCCUUACCUGAAACCUAGAAAAAGGCCCAGAGGGCUAAGCCCAACCAGUGUUUUUGUCCUUAGGAAGUGCAUCACAUUAUAUAUAUCAAGCCUAGCCUUUAUGAGUAAUACCUGCUCAGUACUCCAAAUGAAACCUAGAACUAUGUCAAGGAUCCUGCCAGUGUUCUGGAGGAGGUUUUUUCCAGGCUCCAGUUUUGUCAAAUAAUUUAAUUGCUGUGCAGAGGAGGAGGUAUGUUUCUUGUGACCUGCUUAGCAAUGAAUUCCUAUUAUGCUCAUCACUGGCAUAUUUGGGUGUCUUUAGGUCCUGUAUGUUAUCCUCACUAGUUUAAAAUACUGAUGUGCAGUUGUUCAUCAAAGUUGUCCUCUCCAAGACAGACUUGAAUGCAGUCUUUGUCUGUGUAGAUGGGCUUUACUGCUGUAGUUGACCGGCCAUUUUUUUUUAAUGGAUAGAAUAUAAUAAAAACUUUUAAAACCUA